AUGGCUGGCGCCGAUGUUGAUGUGCCCCUCACUUGCAGCUCGAGAGGGGAGAUUCUCGGCAUUCAGUCUCAGAGAAGGUCAAGGUGUGCACGCCGUGGGAUUCCGCAGAGGCAGACGCAACCCGAUGGGUGCUCAUCCAGGGGAAGCGUCUUUUCGUAUUCUCCGCAGCAUAGCCCCUUCAAUUGGCUCAAUCAUCGGCCAACCCGCCGGCCACAAGAGAUCAAGAUCCAGCAGAGUAAGAGUAGCAGCAGUACGUGGUCGAUGAUGAGGGCCGUCGUCAGAAGUGCCCCGGGAUACGUCAAGAAGGUCGAUCGGUGCAAGAUCAGCGCUGUAGGCCCAGGUACCCCCAAGCCCCUGGUGUGUGUUGGGACAAGUUCGGGAGUUGGGAUUUGCAGAACAUGGCCGUCGACCAAGAUUGUGAGACGAUGCCGCCGGCUUUGUGAGGUCGGCGCAGCAUGGGAUGCCCGAUUUCAGAAGACUUUUCUUUGGAGGGGCAUGGGGGCAGGCUAG